CGCUUUUUGUCUACAGAACACGACAUCAUUAUGCAUAUUGAUCAGCAGACUGAUAAAAAUCAAAAGCAUAGUAGUGUUUGUUUAAUAAUACGGCAAUUCUACCCUACGAUAAAUCGUAUAGAUAACUCAGUGAACCACUAUGUACCAUUUCGACCGGAUGUUCCUGUUCAUCAAGUUUUAGCCAAAGACAAGUCGAAAAUGAAGACAAAUUUUGAUCAUUACCUGUAACGUUUCGUGAAGCUGGGUUGAUCGAGUGAUGGUUAUUCGGAGGUUUCUUGUACUUCUUGGGCGAUGUAUAUUAAGAAGACUGCGAGUACUACUUUGUCUCCUUGUCAUUCUUAUUAUAUCAAUGAUAUACAUCACCUUCGUGACAAACAAUCGUCUUGAGCUAGAGAUCACUCCCCAUCUUGGCAUAAUUAAACCAAAGAUUCACGUCAAGAUGGCAGGACGAAGUUUAAGCUCUCUCGCUAUUAUAGGCACUGAUAUUUCUUCCAAGAAACUGAAACUACUGUCUGCGAAGUUUAAAUACCUGUUAAUAUUACCUCACGCUACUCAAAGAGUAAUACCAGCAAUGGGAGCUCCUUUUAUUGGGAAUGUUGACAAACUGAAACUGCAAGAAAUCAUGGAAUUUCUCGAUAGCACUGAAGAUAUUUAUCACGCUGGUACUUGUCAAAUGAUGAACUCUAAUAAACCAGUCGUGAAAAAAUUAUCGUGUUAUUUUGAAGUACGUAAUUGGACUAUGUUGAUCGAAAAUAAUGGGAGAAAGAGAACCGAGGUUAAAUCGAAUCGUCUAGUGAAUAUAGUGGAAUGCAACAUGUUUGAAGGGGCAUUCGUUAUUCGAAGGAGAAUAUUCGAGAAGUUUUAUUUACUUCCUGCUUACGGAGAUACAGUUUUAUUCGACUUUUUCUUACGAACGAAAGGGAAAAUCAAAAUAGCUUUGUUGACUGAUUGUUCAUUGAGUGAUGAACUUCAUCGUGCAGACAGAGGAGCCUUGAGAAGUAAACCUUUCUAUACAGACUACAUUAAAUUAGGCUUUGACCACGAUGUUGUACGGAUUAUCAAAGAAAAUCAAAUGAUAUGGACCAAAUGCUCUUACAACUUAAGACUUUGCCCCGAAAAAGCCCUUCAACUUAAAUACUCGUUGUCAAGGCAACUGAGGCCCGUAUGUUGUAGUGAGGUAUUGGAUAGGAUGCUAGUAGAUGUAGUGCAAUCGAUGAACGCCGUCAGCUUGGAUUAUCGGGUAGAGUACGGGACACUUCUUGGAGCGGUAAGAUCAGGAACGAUAAUUCCGUGGACUAGGGACGUGGACAUUGGAUUACGAGAAGACGAUUACUUCAAAGAUGAAAUAUUCGAUAAACUAAAAGGAAGCUCUUCAUCGACAAAGCCCUUCGUACCAUCGAGAAAAUGGCACGAACAAAGACUGGGUGGCAAGAUCUUGGAUAUCUGGACUUUUACAUUGCCAAGAAAGAGAGGUUUGAUAGUCUUACAAAAGUUAAGAUUAAUGGCAGGGAUUACGUCACAUUUGCUAAUGCAAAAGAGGUGCUCAAGGAAUGGUAUGGACCGAGUUACAUGAAGGGUGUUAAGAAGAAAAGCGCACCAGUUGAAAUAGAUAUCGUUAAGCGUAGGAAGCAAAGAACAAAUAUUGCAAGAAAAGUACGCAAAAAAUUGCGCGCACGACGUCAAAGUAGGGGGAGAAAGGAAAGGAAAUAGGACAAAGGUACUAUGACACUAGGAUAGGGCUACGUGAGUCUCAAAGGAUUACAGAACAUAUCUUGGGCUUAACGUUUUCUAGCGAUUUCACGUGUCAUUCUCUAGAGUAUCAUUUCUUUGUUUACUGCGGUUUUCGAUAUCCUGCGAACUUGCGAUCUGCUCCUUGAAAUUUGGUUUUGGUCAAUCACAAAUAAUCAGUCGGUACCUUUUGGGUUCUUGACAAAUGAAUAUGGAUACAAUUCAAACCAAGAAUAUUAUUUUUUCUACCUAAAUAGUGAAUUUUUGGUCUAGAGCCGAGAAAUAGAAUGACAUACCGGUAAAUGACGUCAGCAAUUCACGCGCGCGCUUAAAACCGUUUUUCUUUCAAAUUUCCCCCUUGUUUUGCAGUAAAAUUGUACCAAUUUCCUCCAGUUUUCCAUGGUAUAUCCUCUUAUUUACCACGAUUUUCGUUAUCUAGCCAUCUCGCCUACGCCUCGCGAGUCCACAACAUUUUGUCGGCCAGAUGUUCAAAAUCGUGGUAAAUAAGAGGAUAUACCACUGAAAGCUGGAGAAAAUUGGUUGUGGUCAAUACGGCCAAGGUAAACAGCCCCAUAUAAUCAUAAGCUUGAACAUUUGUUUUUAGUUAACGUUUUUAUAUUAAAAUACAUACAUACUCUUCUAAAUAAUGAAGAGCACCCGUGCAAGGCAAAUAACUAUCUUGCUAAUAAAUACAUGCAUCAAAACGCGAUGGACUUUUAUCACACGGCGGCGGCCAUAUUUUCAUGAGAAUAAUUUGCUAUUUUUGCUAUUCACUCGCCAGGAAGAGGGAACUGAAAUAUGAUAUGUUUGAGGUCGUGAAGCCGGCAAAACACAAGACUAAACGCUUCGUAGGUCUUCACAUGGCAUCGCAAAAAAACACCAUAUCUUUCUCUUCUUGGCUAGUUAAUAGAUCUUGGCAUAUGAUUUAGCGUAAAAAAGUACGCAAAAUGGUUUUGAAUGGUAGCAAUUAAAAGACAUUCAAAGGGUUUUGGCUGGAUUGAAUAGAAAAGUGGGAGCACCAUACAAGACAGUAUUAAACCAUUGUCGUGGUGCUGGAGCAAGGGGCUGAUUUGAAGGCAUGUGCAAUUCUGUUUCUCUUAGAGGGUUUUGUACCGGCGCCUUACUAUCUUUUCGUGCUCCAUUCCCGUGCUUGGAACCUUUUUCGGAACUGCAUUCUGCAUCUUGCUCUACUUCUGAAGGCUUUGGGAAUUCGAUUAGAGAUCGUAAGGCUUGACCGAUGGGCUUUGAAUCUUCAAGAAGAACUAUGAUGGAAAAGUAAUAUUAAGAAAACUACAACACAAACUAUAUGAUUGUAUGUCGAGUGUCACAGCAAGUCCAAACUAAUAACAACUUUGUUGCCAUCGAAAUUGAAAGUUAGUGUUUUUCAUUCAUCUCAAAUACCAAAUAACCGGUAGGGCUAAAAAAACAAUAUCAGCAUAUCAAUAUCAACCCCAAGUCUUUA